AUGACUGAUCUUUGGGAGAUUACCCUGCAGUCUGGGGAAGACGUGGAGGUGCAGGUGAGGACCUGCGAGGUCCUGACGCACUGCCUGCGCCAGUACCGCCGCGACAAGGCCCUGGCUGCGCGGCUCACGCUGCCCUGGCGGCCGCUGUACGAGGCCCUGCGCCGCCACUGCGCCGGAGAGGGGCUGCCGGAGCUUCGGGGGGGCAUGCUGGCGCAGGCGCGCCACUCCGCGCUCUUCUCGCUCGUGCCGCGCGCGCGCCGCCACUUCCCCGCCUCGGCAGCAGCCGAGGUCUGGGCGGCGGCGCGGCCGGCGCUGGUGGAGGGCUGGGUGUCCGAGUGGCUGGACGUGUGGGAGCGCCUGGCCUUCUGCGACUUCUGGUCUUCCCAUUGGAUGUACCUGCUGGCGCGCACCGCCAAGGAUGACUGGAAGGGCGUGGUGGACUGGCGGCCGCUCCUGCCCCGCCUCUACACGCAUAUGCUGGCCGCCUUCAGGGUCCCGGUGGGCACCGCCACCUCCAGCCCCCCCAUGUCGGUUACACCGCCAUCGUCGGUGACAUCACUUUUUGGUCACAAGAUCGACCAGGUGGGCGGCGCUUCGCGUGGAUAG